CCGGGCCGGGGUCGGUGAGGGCUGGGCCGGGCCGGAGCCGCGUUGAACAGGGGUAGAACUCCGUGGAAUGCUGGAAACACUGGCGAUCCAGCGGAAUAACUACUGCCUUUAUAGACAAACGUUUAUGCGUCGUUUUUACCUUCUCAGCUAUUAACGCCUUGUAAUUUUCUCCACUCUUACUCAAGUUUCUUAACAGGCUGUUAGAGAGAAACUAAAGCGUUCAGAUAGAAAUACAGACUCGGUUUUCAGUGAAAUCCACACGAUUCCAGGUUUUCCUUCAGUAGCUCUGUGCCUCUGAAGCUCAGGAGAAAUAUAAAAAUAGAAGCCCUAAGCAUAUGUUGUUGUGGAAGUUCUUCUCUCUGACAGCAGCUCCCAGUGAUGCAAAAAGGACAUUCCUGCAGUUAAUUUCCUCAUCCAUGAAAUCCACUGUCGCAGGAAUAUUGAAAUAUGUCCCUACUGCAGCGACUCCAUCCCAAAGUCUGAGAUGAAGAACCACAUUGAGUCUGACCAUGUGCAGGUGACCUGCAAGUGUAGGAUGAAGAUUGAAAACAGUCUCCUUAAGGAUCACGAGGAGUCAGCGUGUCCCCUGCGCCCCGUGUUGUGCCAGUUCUGUGACAUCCCGCUGGCCUUCAACAAGCUUCAGGAGCACGAGAGCUACUGCGGGGCCAGGACCGAGCCCUGCCGGGACUGCGGCCGGAAUGUCCUGCUGAGAGAUCUCAAAGAGCACCCCCGGGUCUGUGGGACAGAGGAGAAACCCCGAGGGAGCGGGACAGCACCAGGAUUUGGGAAUGAGGAGCGAGGUGCGAGAAACCGACUGAGAGCAGAGAAUGAGCUGGAGCAGCUGGAGAGAAGUGAAAUCCCUCAUUCCCCACUUCCAGAGGAGUGGAAUGCUGAGUUAGACUACGUGUUGGCUCUCAGCCUGCAAAAUGAGAAUAAUCCUCACCCUAACACUGCAGCUGGAAUUCCCAGGGACUUCUGGGAAUAUGACUACACCAAAGAGCCCGGGUCAGCUGCCCACCUCAGUGAGAUACAGCAGUCAAACACCUUCUCCUGCGACUCUCCAGGGUCUUUUAGCACCUCAAACCACAGAAAAAACACGGAGACCAUCAUGUUGCCCUGUGAGUUCUGUGAGGAGCUCUGCCCCGCCGAGGAGCUGAUCCUUCACCAGACGGGGUGUAACCCAGCAAGUGCCUUUGCCUCGUUCAGUAAGAGAAGCUCUUCUCCAAAUCCAUGGGACUACGAUGGUCUGUGUGCUGUUGGCUCCAACAGCUGGAGGACUCUCCCUUCAUCCCAGCCCCAGGCUGUCCAGGCAGAAGAAAACAUCAUGAUUCCAUGUGAAUUUUGUGGCAUCCAACUGGAAGAGGAGAUUCUCUUCCAUCAUCAGCACCAGUGUGACCUGCGCCCGGCCAGCCCUGCGGCCGCUGCUCCAGCCCCGGAGAGACGGGAAUCGCCGGAGCCAGUGCGGCGACGGAGCAGGCGCCAAGGAGAUGUUUCUCCUCGGCACGCAGAAGGCUUUGGGCAGUCAGGGCUGGGCUGCCCUGCCCGAGGGACCAAGCUGAGAAGUGACAUGGCCAACACCAGGAACACACCAUUGUCCUGUUCCCCGGGAGCUGCUGAUGCUUCCAACAUGCAGGGCAAGCCCAGGAAGGGGAAUGGCAGCCAGGGGAGACCAAAGGACAGAGGGACAGGUGAAGCUGCAGGGGGGACAACGCCACGAGCCAGACCUGCUCAGCACUUCCAUGGAGAAACCUUCACCUCCAGCUUCUCCAGAGCUGCUCCAGCCCAGCCAAGCCCCAGCACUGGAGGAAGGAGCCUCAGGCUGCAGGACGGGCGUGUCGGCCUCAGGCGCAGGAGCUCCAAGGCCAAAGCCCAGAGCCCAGGGGCCGGAUCUCCUGAGGAAUGAGCCACCAGUGCUGGAAGACACAGAGCUCUUGGCCCUGUUCCUGUGCUCUGCCCCACUCUGGUCAGAGCACAAGUAAAUUCCCACCUUGGAUUUAAAUUUUUAGGCAGUGACCAUUUUCUAAGUAUCUAUUUUUAAUCUGUGAGAGCAAACUUCAGGUUUUUACGUCUCCGAUUGCCCCCAGAAACCCCAAGGCAGCAAAACCUUGGCCCCACCUGGGUUCUGUGUCCGUGUGGGCUCCUUGUGCAAUCCCAGGACAGGAUUUAUGCCAGGCUGAGCUCCCAGGGUGUGUCCUGCCUUGUCCUGCUCAGGCACAGCAGGUGUCACCCAACAGGGAGCAGCUGGAUGGACCUGCCCCACACGGAGCAGGACCGAAGGUCAGAGGUCAAAAGCUUCUCGCAUUAUCCCUGUUUUGUAAAUUCCUUGGAAUAAAGUUUAUCUAAUGCUGUC